AUGCAGGGACUACCAGAACAAGCAAUUCCAGGGCAGAUCUUAGCUCCGCAGUUUGAUCUUUUAGAACCUGUUGUAACUAAUAAUACCAAUGGUGAUAAUGACACCCCCAUGAAGGAAGACCCUACGAUAAUAAUGUAUAUAAAUGGUACCGGUACAAAACUAAUAAAUUAUCCGAUUAAUAACAGUUCCACAAAUAGUAAAGAACUGACAGUUAUCUCAAGUACCAAACUUGGUAAGGUGUAUUCAUAUGAUGUUGAUGCCCCUGCAGAUUAUAAGAAUCUUGAUCAAUCAAGAAAGAUACAGUUUAAAAUGAUUAGUGUAGGUAAUAGCGAGCUUAUGAAGCAAAGUCAAGGAAGAAGUGAAAGUAACAAUAUAUUGCCUAGAGAAGGGGAUGUUAUUAUUUGCCGUGUGAGCAGGAUUUCAUUGCAAAGAGCUAAUGUUGAGAUUUUAGCUGUUAGUACUAAAAAUAUUCCAAUUGAUAGUGGUGUAGGGACAAAUGGUACAGGUACAGUUGCUGUACAAGGUGGGUCAGGUGCACAAACAUUCUCUGUAUCACAAGCAUCUUCAGAUGUAGGUGAGACAUUUAGAGGCAUAAUUAGAUCACAAGAUGUAAGGGCCACUGAUAGAGAUAAAGUUGUAAUGAUUGAUUGCUUCAAACCUGGUGAUAUCGUUAAAGCACAAGUAAUUUCUCUUGGUGAUGGUAACAAUUACUACUUAACGACAGCACGUAAUGAUCUCGGUGUUGUAUUUGCAAGGGCAAACAAUGGUGCUGGUGGGUUGAUGUACGCCACAGAUUGGUUAAGUAUGACCUCGCCAUUAUCAGGUAUUACUGAAAAACGUAAAUGUGCAAACCCAUUCUAA